CCAGUCUAUUGCUAGUAGUACACUUCUAUUUGAUUGAUUAUGAAAUGAAACGAAAGGAUUCCUUGUUUUCGUAUAUUCACAAUUUUAUUGUUCACCUGAGCUGGCUUUCACGACCAGGAACCUGUUUUCCUAGUUUCCAAGUCAAUGAACCAGCCAUAAAAGUCCAUCACCAUCGACGCUCUGUGUCCAAAACCAUUUCUCGUCUGGGUUAGUAGUAAUAAUGAAGUGAAGGUGUUAGAAUCUUUGAGUUUGUUGAAAGGGGCAGAUUCAUUAAAUUGCUCCGGUGGAUAGUGAAAGUGACACAGUACUGGCAGAAGGUCCGGCGGUUGAGCAGAAAUAAACCUUUUUUUUUCCUCAUUAAUGUCACCUGACCGGGUGACCCCCCUCUCUUUAAAAGCCGACCCCCCUCUCUUUAAAGCCCGUGCCAUAAUUCAAUUUUUGUUGUCUCUAGAAACAAACAACAACAACCCUUAUAAGCUGUUUGCUUAAACUUCAAGAUUAACGUUGUAAAUCUUACGUUUUUGUUUUGUUUAGUGUUUUUUUUGGACUUAAACACAUGCAGUUCAAUUUAUUUUUUUUAUUGCUUAGAUUAUUAAUUUGGGGUCGGUGGUAACAAAGGAACAACAUCAAAUGCAGAAUCAUAGCUCGUGAUUGGAGGAAGAAGAAGAUGAUGAGUGAGAGACUGAGCCUCCAUUGAGCUUCAUGAGCAUCGGCUUGACAUUACCAAUGGAAGCUCAAAGAAGUGUGUUACCAAUCUUCUUGUUAGCUGUAAUCUUACUCUUGAUCCAGUGCGUGGUAGCUCAGAGAGUUUCGAUAAGUUCUUCAAUCGAACGGAGGGCAUUGCUUGAUCUCCGCUCAUCAUUAGGUCUCCGAGCCAAAGAUUGGCCCAUCAAGGCCGACCCUUGCACAUCGUGGCUCGGCGUCGAAUGUCGAAACGGCUCCGUUUGGAACAUCACUGUUUCCGGUUUAAAAAGAACCAGACUUGGACGACUCAAUCCCAGGUUCAAUGUUGAUUCAUUGGUUAAUUUGACCCGCCUAGUUUCCUUCAAUGCAUCCGAGUUCCCACUUCCCGGGUCAGUACCGGAUUGGUUCGGAAACCAGUUGGUUAAUCUCGAGGUUCUUGAUCUCCGGUCAUGCAAUGUCUCUGGUUCAAUCCCUGGUUCACUUGGUAACUUGAGUCGACUCACUUCUUUGUAUCUUUGUGAUAACAAUCUUGCUGGUUCAAUUCCUGCUACAUUGGGACAGUUAAAGAAUUUAAAAAUUCUUGAUCUUUCAGUUAAUUCGCUUACUGGGUCAGUUCCUUUAAGUUUUGGGUUUCUUGGAAAUAUUGAAAGGCUUGAACUUGCUUCAAAUUACUUAUCUGGGUCAAUUCCACCUAUUUUAGGUUCUUUACGACGUCUUCAACUGUUUAAUGUUUCAGAUAAUAAUCUUUCUGGUUCAAUUCCUGUUCAGUUUGGUAAUCUUUCGAGGUUAGUUGUGCUUGAUCUUAGUAAGAAUUCUUUCUACGGGUCGGUGCCUGAGGAAUUUAAGAUGUUAAGAAGUUUAAAAAAGAUGGUAAUUGGGGUUAAUGAGCUAGAAGGACGUCUGCCGGUUGAUUUGUUUUCAAGUCUAGUUGAGUUACAAGUUGUGGAUUUGAGCCGGAAUAAACUUGAAGGUGCUCUUAAAGAUACGAUUUGGUCAAUGCCUAAAUUGGGGUUCCUUGAUGUAUCUAGCAACAAUUUUACAGGUCCUUUACCGGGUCUUAAUUCUAAUAGUAGUGCUGUUGCAGCUGCCGUGUUCAAUCUGUCCAACAAUUUCUUUUAUGGAACUUUGAAUUUUUCACUUGGAAUGUUCAAAUUUAUCGAUCUCUCUGGUAACUAUUUUCAAGGCAAGGUAGUUAACAACAGUAAAAGAAAUGCUACUAUAAACAAGAAUUGCCUUCAGGCUGUGAAACAAAGGAGUUUGGAGGAUUGUAGACUGUUUUAUACAGAAAGAGGGCUAAGUUUUGAUAAUUUUGGUGCACCAGACACAAUAGAGCCAGCUCCAGCCGAAUCUAGUUCAGAGAGCAGGAAGCGAUGGAUAUUUAUCUUGGCAGGAGUACUCGGUGGACUUGGCUUCAUUGUAAUUUUGGUACUGGUGCUAGUGGUCCUCUUGAAAGGUUGUGACAAGGGCAUCAGAAAUCAAAGAGGAAGUGCAGAUAUAGGGCCUGUUCCAGAAGGUGAUAGUCCUCAACUUCCGAAAGAUCCUACAAUAGCUGGUUCUGGACAUCCAUUUACAUAUGAGCAGUUGCUCCAAGUAACUGGUAAUUUUAGUGAGACGAAUCUUAUUAAGCAUGGCCACUCAGGAGACUUUUUUCGUGGUAUCUUAGAAGGUGGGAUCCCAGUGGUCAUCAAAAAGGUCAAUUUGAGUUCUUUCAAGAAAGAAUCAUACAUGAUGGAAUUGGAUUUAUUCAGAAAGCUUGCUCACACGAGAUUUGUCCCACUCUUGGGGCACUGCUUGGAGAAUGAAAAUGACAAGCUUCUGGUCUACAAAUAUAUGCCAAAUGGAGAUUUGGCCAAUUCCUUUUACAGGGCUACCAACUCAGAGGAUGAUAGCUUACAGUCCCUGGAUUGGAUUACAAGGUUGAAAGUAGCUACCGGAGCUGCUGAAGGCCUACGCUACUUGCACCAUGAAUGUAACCCUCCUCUUGUUCACAGGGAUGUUCAAGCAAGCAGUAUUCUUCUUGAUGAUAAAUUUGAAGUGAGACUUGGGAGCUUGAGCGAAGUUCGCAGCCAGGAAGGAGAUACACACCAAAAUGUGCUCACAAGGUUGCUUUGGAAGCCACAGACCUCCGACCCGGGGCCUUCAGGUUCAGGCUCUUCUUCGGCUAAUUGUGCUUAUGACGUGUACUGUUUCGGAAUGGUAUUACUUGAGCUUAUAACAGGCAAGCUUGGCAUUGGUAAAGCGGAAGAUGCAUCUACAAAGGAGUGGCUUGAGCAAACCUUGCCUUGCAUCAGUAUAUAUGAAAAGGAAUUGGUGACUAAGAUCAUGGAUCCAUCCUUGAUAGUAGAUGAGGAUCUAUUGGAAGAAGUAUGGGCCAUGGCAAUCGUGGCAAGGUCAUGCCUUAAUCCAAAGCCUUCCAAACGACCCUCAAUGAAACAUAUUCUUAAAGCAUUGGAAAACCCUUUGAAAGUGGUAAGGGAGGAGAGUUUCAGCUCUGCCAGGCUGAGAACAACAUCGUCUCGGAGAUCUUGGAGUACUGCCUUCUUUGGUAGUUGGCGACAGAGCUCAUCAGAGAGCGCCACCGUUCCAGGCCACCCAAACAGAGAGGGUUUUAGUGGUUUUAGGCAGUCAAGUAGAGUAGGUUCUCAUGGUAGUGGGGGAAUUGACCACUCAUCUUCACAUAAAAGGUUGUCAAAUGAAAUUUUCCCCGAACCAGUGGAAAUGCAAGACAUUGAGAGGCUAGAUGAGAACUAGCUGAAAAGAGUGUUUGCUG